AUGCCGUCCAAUCAUCUCUUCCAAUAUUCCGUUGUCUCAGCCCUCAUGGAUGGCGUCGCCGAGACAGGAAUCACCCUUUCGGAACUUCUCACACAUGGCGAUCAUGGCCUGGGCACCUUUCGACACAUGGUUGGCGAAAUGAUCAUUCUUGAUGGGGUUAUUUAUGAUAUGAAACCUGAUGGUUCUGUUGUAGCGCUGGAUAAAAAUGCAUGCGCUGAGCAAACGGCGCCUUUUGCGAUGAUCACGGAUUUUAAACCGACUGUUACUGCUUCGAAACAAAUACCGAGCAAGGAUUCCUUCACCGAAACUCUGUCUCAGCUUCUUCCUGCGACAAACAAUCACUAUCUGGUCAACAGAAUCGAAGGCACAUUCAAGUCAGUCACUGUACGGACUGUCGGGGGACAACAGUCACCAGGCGAGAGUCUUGCCGAGCUUGGAAAGCGCCAGGCUUCGCAUACGUUCCACAACAUCAAGGGUACAAUCAUCGGGUUCAGAUCACCAGCUUUCAUGCAGGGCAUCAGCGUCGCAGGCGACCACCUUCACUUCCUAGCAGCCACUAGAGACUCGGGUGGUCAUGUGCUAGCAUUGGAAGGCGAUGGUGAGUUGGAGGUCAGCGCAGCUCGGAUCGCAGCUGUCAACCUGCAAUUACCAACAGAUGACGAAGCCUAUAAUCAAGCCAAGUUGGUCCGAGAUGACGAAGCCUCCUCGUUCCGAUUCUGCUGCUCGGUGCUGCUGGCUGUAACGCCACAGCAGCUGAUUGCAAAUGCUUUCCUGGUGACUCUUGUUGGCCCUGGUGAUGACUGGAAUCACCUCAACAGUACGGUUGGUGGCCGAUUGGUAGCUACCGUUCCGCUGGGAAGUUCAUGCCAUGAUCCGAAUUACGAUGCUGAAGAGUGUCAACGCCUUCAAAGCGAAUGGCUGUAUUCGUCAGUUCAUUCAGAAUCGUCCUCUUCCAUGAUGGCUCCUCUGUUCGCCAAUCAGUCUUGCGACCCAUUCCAGCCCAGGGAAAAGCCAUGUACGCUGGGCAACUACGUCACAUAUGCCGUCAAUGCCACAUCUGCAGAAGACGUCGCAGCUACUCUAAACUUCGCCAAAGAGAAGAAUUUACGCUUUGUUAUCCGUAACACAGGUCAUGACUACCUCGGCCGCUCAACCGGGGCAGGAUCCCUUGCUGUUUGGACUCACUACCUAAAGGGCGACGAAGUCAUCGAUUGGAAGGACGAUCAGUGUCAAGGGAAAGCUCUCAAAGUAGGCGCCGGGGUCCAAGGGUUUGAAGCUCUGGCAGCUGCCCAUGCCGAGAAUCUAGUUGUCGUUACGGGAGAAUGUCCUUCCGUUGGUCUUGCAGGGGGAUAUACUCAAGGCGGCGGCCAUUCAGCUCUAAGUACCAAUUUCGGCCUAGCAGCAGAUAACACCCUCGAAUUCGAGGUCGUUACCGCCAAUAGAAAGCUUAUUAAAGCGAGCAGAUGUGAAAAUAGCGACUUAUAUUGGGCUUUGAGUGGAGGUGGCACGGGUAACUAUGGUGUCGUUAUCUCAGCUACCGUAAGGGCUCAUCCAGAAGCUCAAGUCAGUAGAGCCAAGUUUCUUGUCACUGCACCUGAGGGAAGGUCAGAGCUCAUAUAUAAGGCCAUCGACGCAUUUCAUGCUGCUCUACCCAAGAUCGUUGACUCUGGGGUCAUGGUCAUCUACUUCUUCUCGGACUCAUUCCUUCAGAUUCCCGCUCUGACGGCGUACGACAAGACCGAGGCCGAGGUCAAACAGAUCCUUCAGCCCCUCGCUGAUUCUUUGACUGAUCUUGGUAUUAAGUUCGAUCCGAAUUUCACGCACUUCCCAAGUUACUACGAGCAUUACGAUCACUACUGGGGUCCCCUCCCAGCAGGCAAUAUUCAAGUAGGAACACAACUCUUCGGGGGUCGUUUACUACCACGCAACAAUCUGAAAGACUUCUCUACAACGGCUCGGAAGCUCGCUGAGAUGGGAGUCAUUUAUAUUGGCGUCGGUCUCAACGUAUCCAGAUUCGGGGGCAGCAAUGCCAACUCAGUACUACCCCAGUGGCGAGAUUCCAUUGUGCAGGUUUCUUUGACACUUCCCUGGGAUAAUGAGGUCCCAUGGGAGGAAAUGCUGGCUACUCAGAGGAGGAUUACUCAGGAUAUUCAAUCAGUGAUUGAGGCUGCGACACCUGGUGCCGGUGCGUACAUCAACGAAGCAGACUUUCAACAACGAGAUUGGCAAGAGACUUUCUACGGGGUCAAUUAUAAUAAGCUGCUGAGGAUAAAAAAGAAGUACGAUCCUGAGCAUAUCUUCUAUUCAACGGUUGCUGUCGGUAGUGAGGCUUGGAUCAUUGCAAAUGAUGGGCGUAUGUGUCGGUCUUGA